GUGACUUAUGUUAGUAAACAUUUGUUACGUUGGUACUUCCAGUUGGUAGAAUUCCGCCAUUCCCGAUUCCCGCCAAGAAGGAGCCGCCGCCAGCAACAAGUUUUUGGUCGCCAGGCGUGUGUCGUUGAUUUCCCAUCAACGGAGCACUUUUUUGUAGCAGAUAAGAUGGAGACAUUUUACAAUGUUUUGGUCAGUGUCCGAAGAAUUAUCUCUGGAAUAUCACUUGAGGCAAUCUUGACGCUCAAUUUCCAAAUUUAUCAGAACGCAAGAAGAGCUUACAAAGCCAUUGUAGACCGUGGAUGUGACAAAGCCCCCUUCUACCUGGUAAGAGGAUUUUAUGAAAUGGAAAUCAAAACUGUGGAAGACGUGAAGAAAUAUUUGGCCGAUUGGGAUUUGGCGGAGCUGACGUUAGCUUGUGUUAUCAACCUGACUCCCGAGGAAAUUGACCUCCUUAAUUGCAAAGAUCAAAACACGGCCAGGUGGUUGAACAAGGUCCACACAAUGGCUGAGAAUGCCACUUGCUUGAAGUGGAAAGAAUUCCCCCCGCAAGUCAAACGUUCCGUGAGCUACGAUUAUCUACCAGCUUGCAUUAAGAGGAAAUUCUACAGUGGCCUUCUGAGAAAAGUCAGUAAGCCGUGGCACUUUGUGUUUGUCGUGGUGAACGGACGAUCCGUCCCAUCUACUACAAACAAACAAACACUCACCAAUGUCAGUCGUUCUAUCUUGAGUUUCGGAGGAAUCAAUUUUGAAGAGGAGGAUGACGAAGAGGAGGAUGACGAAGAGAAUGACGAUGAAGAGGUGGGCUCCGACUUUGACGACGAAGAGGAAGAUGACGGGUGAAGAAGUCUGCUCCUGCCUGCAUUUAGGGUUCUUCUGAUGUCAGUGAAAAUAAUGCUCUUAUAUAUUGUCGACAUGUAAAAUUAAAUACUAAACUUUGGACG